ACCCAUUUACAUUUCUUCGUAGAUAACAACUCUGUGGUGCAGGCUGCAUAUGCAGCUGCACCCGGACCCUCACAAUACAUUGCGUUACAGAUCAGACGCUCAAUCGAAGAUUUCCUAACCACGUCACCCUUCCACCAUGUCCAAAUCGCAUGGAUCCCAGGACACCACCAUAUCAUCGGCAAUGAACGUGCUGACGAGCUUGCCAAAGAAGCC